AUGGCGACGUUUUCGAACCCGCUCGAACGAGUCCCAAUGUGGCACGAUUCGCUACAAAACACGCACUUGCGCCGCCUCGUAGCAAGUGCCAAGGACGAUUCCAGUGUCGUGGAGUUGGUAAACUACCAGGGAACGAUUUACUUUGCAGACCUAGAACUUAAUGGCACGACGUACGUGGUGCAAGUCGAUACCGGGUCUUCUGAUCUCUGGAUCGCUUGCUACAGUAUCAAGUAUCUACCUUGUGACUCGACGUGUCCAUUAGGUGCUAGGACCAUUUCCUACGGCUCAGGUGAUGUCUGCGUCCUACCAACCAUUGCCGACGUGAAGUUUGGCAACGUGGCGAUCCCUGAUUACAGCGUGGGCGUAGCUUAUGGCAAUCACGCGAGCCCUCGCAGCACCACUUCACUACUGGUAGGUGAGGCAAAAGGGCUCUUUGGACUGGCAUAUCGUUCGCUCGCUACUUUUCCAUCUCCUCGCGGACAAGUUAUCGACUAUGUGACGGACUUCUCCAUGUACUUGACUCGAAAGGAUGAUGCCAAGGGUAGUUUCUUGCUCCUUAAUGGUGUUGACGACGACCUGAUCGCGACUAACGAUCUCGUACCGCAUACGAUCGAUCUGAAGUCGACUACUUUGACUCAUUGGACGAUCGGCAUGACAGCAUUGCAGAUUGGCAAGGACGAAGCGGUGUUUCCAUGCUCAGAAUCGAGUCGUGGAAGUUGCGAUAGUAUCGUGGACUCUGGCACUUCGCUCCUGGUUAUGCCUAGCUCGAUCUACAGCGACUUUGUCACAAGAUACUUGUCGAGUUGCACGCUGUACUCAGCUGGCUCUGAAGUCUACGUGUGUUCGAAAGAUGUUGCGCUCCCGCGACUUGCACUCACGUUUGGAUACGUGACGUUUUAUCUGGAAAAAGAAGACUACAUGAUGGAUCUGGGAAAUAAUGUCAUGGUCGUUGAAGUGCAGUCAGCCUCAGGCACGAGUGCAAAUGCCGAUACGUGGAUCAUCGGAGGAACGUUCUUGAAAGCAUUCUACACGAGAUACAACGUCAAUGAGUCGGUGACGUUCUACUGCAAGGAAAACAGCACGUGUACGUCAGGAUCGAAAGCCGUUUCGUUGCCUGCUUCGUCCCGUGAUGACUCUCGAAGUAAUGGUUUACAUGGCAACAAUGAUGGCGGUGUCACUUCUAGAAGCGACGGCAAUGACCACCUGACGAUGAUACUGGCUAUUGUGUUGGCCAUUUUGGUCUUCUUACUUACCAUAUCGGCCGUCUCGUGUCUCUUUCGCUGCAUCUGCAGACGCAAACGCGCAUCUCGGCACGAGCGAUCGCUGGAUCCGAUCUUGGAUGUACCCGAUGACUACAACCAGUCCCAGUCUGCUAUCCGACCGUACCAAGGACAUUACGCCCGGCUUUAG